UCAGUGGGCAGUUGAGCCCACUGUAUGUAUGCAGAUACUACAGCUGAACAUCAUUCUAAAUUUUGCUCUGUGUCACAGAUGGCACAGAGAAAAGCUGCUCGCGCCUCCAGAGCUGCCAGGCGAAGACACUGGUGGCAGUUGAGACAGCGAUGGAGGAUGCUAGGCGUGUUUGAGAUCAACCCGGAGCACGAGUUCUACCAACUGACAGCCAUGAUAAAAGAGGGCAUGCAAACCUCCAUACAGACCACUAUGGACACACCAGUUCAAGAUACGCUCACAGCUGAACAUUUCAAGGCAAAAGAAACUCAUAGCCACGAGGGAUUUGAGAUGCAGACGUUUGCAGCAUCAGUGUUUGCUAAACUGAGGAGUUCACUGGAGAUCACAGAGGAGGAAUACAUGAACUCCCUCUGCUCGGGCGGCUGCUACCUCCAGUUUGUCAGCAACUCCAAGAGCAAGGCAGAUUUCUUUGUCACGAAUGACAAGAGGUUCUUCCUAAAGACCCAGAGCAGACGCGAGGUCGAAUUUCUCCUGUCCAAUCUGCAGGCAUACAUGGACCACUUGGAGAAACACCCUCAUUCACUGAUGGUGAGGUUUCUAGGUGUCCACAGGAUUCUUAUUCCGAAUGAAAUAAAGAAGUACUUCAUCGUGAUGCAGAGUGUGUUUUACCCUGAUGAGAGGAUCAAUAUUAGAUUUGACAUUAAAGGCUGUGAGGUGGGUCGAUGGACCAAUCCUGACACAGGGGGGAAACAAAUCAUAAAAGUGCUGAAGGACAAUAACUUUGAAGGGCAGCUCAUCACAUUAGAUCAAGAGAAAACCUGGUUUACCAAUCAAGUGAAAGCAGAUUCUGCCUUUCUUCGAGAGCUCAAUGUGCUGGACUACAGUCUCCUGCUGGCCCAUCAACCUCUGCACCGAGAUGAGCUCGAAGGGAAACGCUCUUUGGCAAACCUUGUGAUUCGCACCACAAAAUCUCUGGACUUUGAUGACAGUCCCACAGAGUCAGAUCCUCCCACCAUUCCGUUACUGGAAAAAAACACCUGUGAAGUGGUACCAGAUAUGACAAAAUGUGGGUCAGGCAAGCCACAGGCAGCAGCUGAGGGCUCUUGUGAAGGGAUCCCCCUCCAGGAGAUGAACUGCUCUGUGAGAGAAACCAGAACUGACUCAGAACUGCAGGAGUUCCAUGAGCAUCAUCGCAGGCUACUGCCCAACUGCAAAAAUGCUAUUCAUGUCAUAGACGGCCCAAACCAUCGCUACUUUGUGGGCAUUAUUGACAUUUUUACUGUGUAUGGCUGGAAGAAAAGACUGGAGAACCUGUGGAAAAGACUCCGCUACCCAGGCAGGGCCUUUUCCACAGUCCACCCCGACAAGUAUUCACCCAGGUUUUGUCAGUGGAUACAGGACCGCACUCAGUGACAAUGCAGAAAACAUCACUCAUGAGUGUUGCAUGAGUGACUGCUGUCAGAAAUCGACUGCUGAAGGUGCUUUUGAAACACGUCUUAUGGAUACGUGGCCCCAUGAUGAAGAUGUGAUGGAGUAGUGAUCGAAUCAGAACGUGACCCAGAUGCACCCAGUAGACAUCUGGGAUGAGUGUAGCCAGUGAAGGAGUGCUGAUGCUGAUAGAGAACGUCUUCAUGUUUGUAUAGAUGUUGUAGCCUUCUUUGUCAUUUCAGAGCCAGCCAGACAAUAUUGUAAAGCUGCUGA